CAUAAGAAUGUCAACUGGACAGUAUGGUGACGGUGCUGGCAAAGGAGGUGGUGGUGGUGGAUCCAUCCGUGAAGCAGGUGGAUCUUUCGGCAGAAUGGAAGCUGCUAGAGAAGAAGAAUUCUUUUAUAAACAGCAACAAGCCCAGUUGAAGAAACUUAAGGAACAAGCAAUAGAUCAGAAAACUUUCCAUGAGGAACAAUUAAAACUUCACAAGGAGGCUUUGGAGAGACAUGAAAAACAUUUGGCUGAGCUUAAGAAGUAAAUUGAAGUUUCAUAUAUAGCAUUAUGAAAAUGUU